GGUUUCGUCGCCGGGCAUUGUAACCAAAUUUUAACACGUGCAGUUGUCAUUUAUUUUGAUUAUUUAUCGACUUGCACAACCUUUGUGCACAACUUCAAGGCAUUAAACUUAAGAAUAGAAUUGUAAUAUUAUUUUAUUGUUAAUGAUGACUUUAUUCAAGCUAAAAGCUGCCUCUUCUUUGUUGAUAGAAGAUGAUUACAAUAAAAAUAUAUUACCCAUACUAACAGAACUGGUUGAUAACACAGAUUGUAUUAUCAAAAUAUUUUGUUAUGAACGUUCAGUGCAGGUUUGGCAGGAUGCUUUUAAAGGUAGAUCUGUCCAGUGCUUCAAAGGCUUUUUAAAAGAAGAAUGUUCAUCGACAACCAACCAAACCAAGAAGCUAGUUUGCAUUAUAGAUUCAGUAAAUCAAAUGGCAUUAGAAAUGGGUUGGAGUGAAUGCUUAAGAAACCUAAGAAAUCUAGAAAACAAUUCUAAAGUAAUGAAAUAUAUAUUAGUAUUACACAAAGAUUGUAUAUUACCUCAUUCUAAAUUACAUAUAAAUUUAAAUUAUAUAACAAAUGCUAUAAUAUCAUAUGAUAAUACAAUUUCAAAUAAAGUUUGGAUUCAAAUAAAGAAAAAUGGUAAAUAUUAUAAGAGUGAAGAAAUGUUAUCAUAUGAUAGCAGAACAUCUUCUUUGAACUUUACACCUGUUGUUAAAGCUAAUAAUAAAGUUGAAGAACUAGAUAAAGUUUUACCAAGUAAUCUCUCCACAUUCAAGAUAGAAACUGAUCAAACACAACAAUUGGAAAAGCAUAAGUUAAAAUUACCAUACAUGAGCAAAAUAAAUGAAGGUCAGGGUAAGGUCUAUUAUGAACCAGACGCAGUCGAUGACUGGGAUGAUGAAGAUCCAGAUGAUGACCUCGAUAUAUGAAUAAAGAUUUUAACACAGAA